GUCACUCGACAGUCGACGCUCCCCAAUUUCUCCAUUUCCAGAGACGCAGAGAGAGAGAGAGUGAGAGAUGUCAGGGUGGGACGAGGGGGCAGUGUACUACAGCGACCAGGCUCACUCGUGGCGCGGCGGUGGUGAAGACCACGAUCCGGAGGCGGCUAGCCGACACUCCGUCCUCCAAAAGUUCAAGGAGUUCAUCCGCGGCUUCGAGACCGACAAGAAUGUUUUCCCCUACAGAGAAAGCCUCGUCCACAAUCCCAACAAGUCCCUUCUCGUCGACUUGGAGGACCUCGAUGCCUUCGACCCCGACCUCCCGGCCCUGCUCCGCUCCUCCCCCGCCGACUACUUGCCUCUUUUUGAGACGGCCGCGGCGGAGGUUUUGGCGAGCUUGCGGUCGAAAGUGACAGGAGAGACUGGAGAAAUGGAAGAUCCGGUGACCGGGGACGUUCAGGUCUUGCUGACGUCGAAGGAGGAUCCGGUCUCGAUGAGGUUUCUAGGGGCUCAAUAUAUAUCGAAACUUGUUAAAAUAGCUGGGAUCACUAUAGCUGCAUCUAGGACUAAGGCAAAGGCAACUUAUGUGACUCUUAUCUGCAAGAACUGUAGAAAUUCAAAGCAAAUUCCUUGUCGGCCAGGCCUCGGUGGUGCAAUUGUCCCUCGUUCUUGUGAUCAUAUCCCUCAGCCGGGAGAAGAACCAUGCCCACUUGAUCCAUGGCUUGUGGUUCCAGAUAAGAGCAAGUAUGUCGAUCAACAAACCUUGAAACUGCAGGAGAAUCCAGAGGAUGUUCCAACUGGGGAGCUUCCAAGGAACAUGCUUCUAUCUGUGGAUCGCCAUCUUGUUCAAACAAUUGUACCUGGCACGAGAUUGACGAUCAUGGGUAUUUAUAGUAUCUAUCAAGCUGCCAAUUCUGCCACGUCCCACAAAGGAGCAGUUGCAGUUAGACAACCUUAUAUCAGAGUUGUAGGAAUAGAAGAAGCAAAUGAGGCCAACUCCCGUGGUCCUGCUGCUUUUACACAGGAAGAGAUAGAAGGAUUCAAAAAAUUUGCUGCAGAACCCAAUGUGUACAAAAACAUAUGCUCAAAGAUAGCUCCUUCUAUAUUUGGUCAUGAUGACUUGAAAAAGGCUGUGGCUUGUCUGCUGUUUGGAGGGUCAAGGAAGAAUUUACCCGAUGGUGUGAAAUUAAGAGGUGAUAUCAAUGUGUUACUUUUGGGGGACCCAUCUACUGCUAAAUCACAGUUUCUCAAGUUUGUUGAAAAGACUGCUCCUGUUGCUGUUUAUACUUCAGGAAAAGGUUCUUCAGCUGCUGGUCUUACGGCUUCUGUGAUCAGAGAUAGUGGUUCCCGUGAGUUUUACCUUGAAGGAGGAGCCAUGGUUUUGGCAGAUGGAGGGGUUGUCUGUAUUGAUGAGUUCGACAAAAUGAGACCUGAAGAUAGGGUUGCUAUUCAUGAAGCCAUGGAACAACAAACAAUAUCGAUUGCUAAAGCAGGAAUAACAACAGUUCUUAAUUCUAGAACUUCAGUGCUUGCAGCUGCUAACCCUCCUUCAGGACGUUACGAUGAUCUUAAGACUGCACAGGACAAUAUUGAUUUGCAGACAACAAUUCUUUCUAGAUUUGAUUUAAUCUUCAUUGUGAAAGAUAUCAGGAUGUACAGUCAAGACAAGAUUAUAGCUAGUCAUAUCAUAAGAGUCCAUGCAUCUGCUAAUGCAACCUCAGGUGAAAGUAGAGUUCCUAAAGAAGAGAAUUGGCUGAAGAGGUAUAUACAAUAUUGUCGAACUGAAUGCCACCCACGAUUAUCAGAAUCUGCGUCUAACUUACUGCAGAACAAUUAUGUCAAAAUUAGACAGGACAUGAGGCAGCAAGCAAAUGAAACUGGUGAGGCUGCCGCAAUACCAAUUACUGUAAGGCAGCUGGAAGCUAUUGUAAGGUUGAGUGAGGCUCUUGCAAAAAUGAAACUAUCACAUGUUGCCACUGAGGAGAAUGUGCAGGAAGCUAUAAGACUUUUUACUGUUUCCACCAUGGAUGCAGCACGGUCUGGAAUAAAUCAACAAGUGAAUCUCACUGCUGAGAUGGCAAAUGAGAUUAAGCAAGCAGAAACCCAGAUAAAGAGAAGAAUCGGGAUUGGAAACCACAUAUCAGAAAGAAAACUGAUAGAUGAGCUUAGCAGAAUGGGGAUGAACGAAUCUAUUGUGAGAAGAGCUCUUAUAAUUAUGCACCAGCGAGAUGAAGUUGAAUACAAGCGAGAAAGGCGUGUAAUUCUACGAAAAGCAUGACCAAUUGUUAUGUAAUCUUAAUCUUUUUUAGCAAAUUAUUGGCACUGAUUAAAAGAAGAGAACUGAUGUAAGGUGGUGUAUUUUCAUAUGAAAAAUUGGUUUCAGUUGCCGA